UCUUAGCUACUAUACAGUACACACCGCCCUAUCAGUCUGAAUCGGCCCGUCUAUCACCCAAUUUACGUAAUUCGUGGCUCUUUCGGCAUCAACCAAUUAGAAACAAAAAGAUGAAUUUCGCCGGAAAAGUGGUUCUAAUUACUGGAGCCAGCAGUGGUAUCGGCGCCGCCACGGCCAUCAAGUUCUCCAAACUGGGAGCCUCGCUUGCCCUGACGGGUCGCAAGCUGGACAAUCUGAACAAUGUCGCCAAGGAAUGCGCAACCGGAGCAGCUGCCCCUCUCGUCAUUCCCGGCGAUAUCACCCAGGAGGCGGAUACCGAACGUAUCCUGAAGACGACGAUCGAAAAGUACGGAAAGUUGGAUGUGCUAGUGAACAAUGCCGGUAUCAUCGAAACCGGCACGAUCGAGACGACCAGUCUGGAGCAGUUCGAUCGGGUGAUGAACACCAACGUUCGAUCGAUCUACCAUUUGACAAUGUUGGCCGUGCCGCAUCUGAUCAAAACGCAGGGCAACAUUGUGAACGUUUCGAGUGUGAAUGGAAUCCGAUCGUUCCCGGGGGUGUUGGCGUACAACAUUUCCAAGAUGUCGGUCGAUCAGUUCACCCGUUGCGUUGCGCUGGAACUGGCUGCCAAGAACGUUCGCGUCAACUGCGUCAACCCGGGCGUGACGGUCACCAAUCUGCACAAGCGCGGCGGUAUGGACGAGGAGACGUACAAGAAGUUUUUGGAACACUCGAAGAAUACGCAUGCGAUGGGCCGUCCCGGACAGGCUACCGAGGUUGCCGAUGCGAUCGUGUUCCUGGCCAGUGAUUCGGCUUCGUUUGUUACCGGGGCUAGUCUGCCGAUCGACGGCGGUCGUCAUGCCAUGUGCCCACGAUAAGCGAUAGAGAUUGGGUGGAUUUGAUUGGAAUUAAAUCAUCAGCUGGGUUUUGAUGCAUUUAUUUUAGGUUUUGGCAACAUAAAGUUUGUUUUUUUUUUAUUUUGCUUCGUACUCUGGCAUGUGAAUAGCGUUACAUAAAAAACGAAAUAAAUCUCGUGAUUUAGUGUAAACCAA